AUGGCUAAAGCCUACCCUAAGGGGGAGAAGCCCGCUCCUCCUCCCUCAUCUAAGCCCUCCGGGGUGACCAAGUCACAGAAGCGCAAAGGCCGCGCGAACACGCGCCUGGAUGCUGCCGCCGCCGCCGCCGCUGCUGCUACUGCUGCUGCCGCCGCCGCCGCCGCCGAACUUGCUGCUGCGGAGGCCGAGGCCGCUGCAGAGGCCGCCGACGGUGGUGAGGGCGAGGGCGAGGGCGAGGGCGAGGGCGAGGGCGCCCAGGGUGAGAGUGAGGGCGCUAAGGGCGCUGGUGAGGGCGGUAGUGAGGGGGGUGAGGGGGGUGAGGCGGGAGAGGAGAUGAUCUUCUCCGGCAGUGAGCUGGACCUUUCAUAG